AUGGCGUCCGAGACGGUGGCCGGGAGCGUAUUAGCCGACGAGAAGGGACCAUCCGGCCUGAGGCGUUACCAGGCGGGCGCCGAGGAGGAAGAGGAGCACGCCGGCGAGGGCGGCGGCAAGUCCCGGCUGUCCGGGCUGCUCUGGCACGGCGGGUCGGCGUACGACGCCUGGUUCAGCUGCGCGUCGAACCAGGUGGCCCAGGUGCUCCUGACGCUCCCCUACUCCUUCGCACAGCUGGGUAUGGUGAGCGGCAUCCUGUUCCAGCUCUUCUACGGCCUCCUGGGCAGCUGGACCGCCUACCUCAUCAGCAUCCUCUACCUGGAGUACCGGACCCGCAGGGAGAAGGACAAGGUGGACUUCCGCAACCACGUCAUCCAGUGGUUCGAGGUGCUCGACGGGCUGCUGGGCAGGCACUGGAGGAACCUGGGUCUGGCCUUCAACUGCACCUUCCUGCUCUUCGGCUCCGUGAUCCAGCUCAUCGGCUGCGCCAGCAACAUCUACUACGUGAACGACCACCUGGACAAGCGGACGUGGACCUACAUCUUCGGCGCCUGCUGCGCCACCACCGUCUUCAUCCCCUCCUUCCACAACUACCGCGUCUGGUCCUUCCUCGGCCUCCUCAUGACCACCUACACCGCCUGGUACAUCGCCGUCGCCUCCCUCAUGCACGGCCAGGUCGAGGGCGUCAAGCACUCCGGCCCCACCACCAUCAUGCUCUACUUCACCGGGGCUACCAACAUUCUAUACACCUUCGGGGGCCACGCUGUCACCGUGGAGGUGAUGCACGCGAUGUGGCGGCCGCAGAAGUUCAAGGCCAUCUACCUGCUGGCCACCCUGUACGUGCUCACCCUGACGCUGCCGUCGGCGUCGGCGGCGUACUGGGCCUUCGGCGACCAGCUGCUCACGCACUCCAACGCGCUCUCCCUGCUGCCGCGGGACGCCUGGCGCGACGCCGCCGUGGUGCUCAUGCUCAUCCACCAGUUCAUCACCUUCGGCUUCGCAUGCACCCCGCUCUACUUCGUCUGGGAGAAGCUCAUCGGACUCCACGACUGCCGCAGCCUCUGCAAGCGCGCCGCCGCGAGGCUCCCCGUCGUCGUCCCCAUCUGGUUCCUCGCCAUCAUCUUCCCCUUCUUCGGGCCAAUCAACUCCGCGGUGGGAUCGCUCCUCGUCAGCUUCACCGUCUACAUCAUUCCCGCCAUGGCGCACAUGUGCACCUUCAGAUCACCACAGUCCCGAGAGAACGCCGUGGAGCGGCCGCCGAGAUUUGCUGGUGGCUGGACCGGGGCGUAUGUGAUCAACUCCUUCGUGGUUGCGUGGGUGCUCGUGGUGGGCUUCGGGUUCGGCGGAUGGGCCAGCAUCACCAACUUCGUGCAGCAGGUCAACACCUUCGGCCUCUUCGCCAAGUGCUACCAGUGCCCGCCUCACCCCGCCGUCGCGUCGCCGCUCCUACCACCAUCAUCCAUGGCACCGAGCCCGUCUAUGCCCUUUAUUUUCAACAUGACCGGCAUGCUGGCCCCGAUGUCUGCCCCAUCUCCAGCUCCGGCUCCGCUGCAUUUUGCUUUCCCCCACCACCAUCACCGGCACCACCGCCACGGUCUGUAA